UACCUUCACGCGUUGGGAUGUUCAGGAUUAUGUUGACAAUUGGCCGACUCUUGUGUUGACAGACGACGUGCUUUGAGUACGGAGAGGCCCGUGUUUACAGAUAGACGACACCAUACAGAUGCUUGUUCCCUGUGGGACCGGUAAACAUCAGCGACGAUGAUACAGCAGUGAUACCUCAGUGCGUCAGACCCAAUACUCUCCACCUCUCAACUAAUAUCACCUUUUUUUCAUGUGAAGCAGAUAUUUUUCUUUCGAUGCCGCUUUAAACAACACAUUUUCAACCAAGAUUAAAAGCGAAAACUGUAUCAUGACGAUCCCCAGUUUAGAUUCAGUAUGAAAUGAAAAUCAUGAGGGUCUUCACUUCAGGACACACGACCACAUAGCGUAAUGUGGACGGGAUGAUACUAAACUCGACAGCGCAUGCGUUACAGGAAUCAGUCAUUCAGUCCAGGGUGUUGAAGUUCUUCCCGCUUUUAUUCGUAUGGGGGUCAUUAGGAGUUAUUGCAAUUGUUGCGAACGUGAUAUUUUUGUUGCUGUCCAAAUUCACGACGGGAGGGAAAAGCCCGGUGCUGGUCUUCAUGAGGAGCAUCUGUCUCGCUGACGUCAUGAUCGGCUUAUACGCAAUAUUAAAGGCAAUUGUAUUUUACUCCCUCGAACACACGAACGUGAACUGUUUUCUGCCGGACAGUAUCUUCAUCACGGCGACCACCGCGUCCAUCGGUUCGCUAGUGUGGCUACACCUCGAUUGCUGCCUGCGGUUCACGCAUCCACUUCGAUACAUUCUCCACAUGAAGAAGGAUAACGUGGUCACAGGGGUGGUGAUUAUGUGGAACGCGUCCUUCGUGCUAGGCUUCCUUCCACUCAUGGGGUGGAACAACGUGGACGCUCUGUGUUCAUACAGCGACUUCUACACCUUGGAGUAUGUGGUGUUCAUAUCUGUGUUGUGGUGCAUCGGAUUGUUUUCAAACGUGUUCAUGGAAUCCAUUCUUAAAUACUACAUACAAAAAGUGAAACACAAUCAGCAUUUACUGACCGUCAACAGCCGGGAAUUUCAGCGCUUUCAGAACCUCAUUCAGACCAACAGAAUUGAACUUGUGGGCUGGUUCACGUGUAUCGCACUGCUAGGGGUAUGUAUUGUCCUUGGUGUCCUAGUGUUCAAUAGACUAACAGAUUUCGAUAGAAUUGAGGUAUAUGUGUUAUGCAUGAUGCCAAUAUUUCUACUCCGGCCGUGCAUCCUGUCGGUCGUGAGAAGCUACAAGACGACUCAGAUUCACACUGCUACUCAGAGAUUAAAACGACAGGUGACGAGGAUCGUUCGCAAACAUCAACCAGCUUCAAAGGUCAAUUCCACGACUGAGACAAUUCGGUCUAGUGUGGACAGCAAUAAAUCAACGGAUGCAAAUAACAGUUUGAAAGCAAGCUUCCGGAGAAAUGGUCCAAGUGAGGACAUAAAUCCAUAUCAAAAGACUGUGUUCAUUCACAGAGUUCGGAUUCCCAGGGUUCAGGCGCUUGUACAUCCGGGUUACAUAACAAGACAAUGGAAUGCAGCACAGCGGUGGACAAUCCCGUGUUCAAUAUGGCAGACGAGUGUAUGUGUAGUUCAACACUUCCGGUUCCGGUAUUUUGUGAAAACGGUCUUCCGCAAACUGAAACUAGCGUUGAUAUAUCGGAUGUGAUCACACAUCUGUAGAUCUCGAAUGUUUUAACACAUACAAUUAUUGUACCAGUAAGUUGGUCAUUUUAAUAAAGAUUCAUUGAUUGAUUAGUUCGUACCAUUACUCAGUUUGUGAUGUCACCGUGAAAGCUCUCAACUAAUUAUUAUUUUUCAUAUCAUUCAAAUGAACUUCAUUUUAAAAGUACUAGAAUGAUAAGUUGAAAUGAUCGAGUGUCUUUUUUUUCUAUUGUCUCAUCAUAAAAUGGUGCAGAACGUCAAAGCG